AUGUGGAAGUGGCGGCUGUACAGCAGAAGAGGGUUGCUGGAAAUACCGUUGACCCUUGAAGUAUCGAGGCGCUUUUGUUGCCGCAACUGUCCUCAGCCACCCUCAUGGAUCUCUCAGUUGCGCAGUGAUGCCAAGCAGUCCAAGACGGCUGCUUCAUACGACGUGAAGAUAUACGAUGAGCUCGUGUGGCGAAAGAUGCGUUUCAGUUUUGAUAAGGAACUCUGGGAUCCGGCGCGGAUGAGCAGCAUUGUGCGCCGGCGGCUGUGUCUUGGAAAUGAAGAGGCUGAGUACACUGUUAUUGGUGAGGUUUUCGCAUUUCCCGACCGUGAGGAUGCCCCUGUGGUGAACGAUCCACAGCACACAUGCCGGUUGCUGUGGGACCACAAUAGUCCCUCGGAGAAAUUACUUGUUCAGCUUUCGGAACAUUUUCCACCCUUGCUGUGGCACGCGGUUCGACCCUCACUUGAUUCUUUAAAACGCAUUUUUAGCGAAUUUCUGGAUGUCGAUGCUCAGCACAUGAAGAAAUACCUCCCCUACUACGAAUCCGUGCAAAACUCAAUCGAGACAUCUACGAAGGAGAGGCUCAGUGGGACACUCAGCCCUGUUAGUAUUAAAGAUCGCUUUGUUGAGGAUAUGCGACGACGCGACCCGAAGACCAUUGAGUUGGAUUACUCCCACGAGCAUAACAUCUUCCUCGGAACCUCCCCGCAUUUUCGACUAGUGGAAGACAAGUUGAUGAAGUCUAACCCCUUUGUCUUUGGUUGGCCACUGCUAUUGAGCGAUGGCAACAAGUAUCUCGAAGGAACCCCCCUGCGCAUGGCCGCUUUUCGCACCAUUUACUCCAAGUCUUUGCUCAUGCUUCAUACACGACUUGAUCUACAGGUCGAUCACCGCCUGGCAUGCCUUGAAGAGGGCGACGAGGAGGAAAUUUUACUGGAGGUUCCUGUUUUCUGUACUAUUAACUAUCCACAAAAUAGCCGUCUUUCGGGCGGCAAGCCGCUUGUGCAGCGCUUCAACGACGUCAUGGGUACUACGUACCCGCUUGACACCCCCGUUGACGUGCUUGCCGCGCUGGCGAAGGAGACCACCACAAAAGGGGCAAAGGAACUUUUGGAGGAGCUUAAGUUCUUGACGGUGGCAUCCGCUCGAGCCCCUGAAGUGGAACGUGUCAUUCGCAUCUCUGACGAUCAGCUGAGCUCCAAUCGAAUUCUUGGUCAGUUAGCGUACACUAUUAUCUACUUGGCGCUGUUGAACUAUGAGCGUUUUGUGGAGGAGGUGUUUGAUGUGUACAAGGGGCACAAGAGUGACUUGGUGCGGGUGGCGUGUGCCAAGGGGGCACAUAUUGUGGAGCGCCCGGACCUCAUUGAGCAGCUUGUGGCCGCAGAACCGGAGGGCACCCGAUGCAAAAAAAUGCUGCAGUCAUCUAUGCAUGGCCUGCCAACGACGGCAAACCCGUAA